AUGGACGACCGAGCAUCACAAGUGUCUGAUACCCAGGCGCCCCCACCAAUCCGGCGGCAUAAGAUCCGGCGGACGUUUGGAACUGUACGGAAGGGCAUGCCUCCACGUCACUUCACCGACCCAAUCGUCAGGCUGAACAAAGAUGAAGCUUAUGGCAGCAUCGUCCCGUCGGCUGCCUUCUCUAAUUUAUCGCCGAUGUCGAACGUUUCCACUUUUGAAAUUGAGUUGCCUCACGGUACCCCGGUCUUCAAUUCGAGCCCUCCUUCCUACGGCCCCCCUCAAAACCGGUUUGCUAUAUCCAAACGCAUUUCUGUGGCUCCUUCGGAUCCCACCACGGCCAGCUCUGACAAUGAUACGAGGGUGUUUACGGAUGAUGAUUCAAUGGACUUCCAAAGCGACACUGCAUAUGACUCACUGGCUACUCGAGCCACGGCCAGCAGCCAUUCAGGUUUCCGUCAACCUAAAAUAGAAACCAUAUUCGACGAGAUGUCGGUAGACCAGCUGCCGGCCGAGUCCUCCACCCUAGAGGAUUUAAUGCAACGAGCCACGUUAGAUGAUACACAGUCAAUCCAACGCGACGCGAGUAGUCCACAUUCUGCCAAUAUCGGUAUCGGCAUCGGCAUCAGUGGGCUUGAAGCCAAAGGGGAGAUGCAAAGCUUCAGUCCGGACCAAGCAUCUACUCCGGUCAAAAGCCCCACGGCAGAAGUGGACGAUUUUGUUUUAACACCAGUUCCCAAGAGAAAUUAUCGGGAGGCGGUUGACUUGAGCUCUUCCCCUCCCCCAACGCAGCUCUUUCCACGAUCUCGAGACGCGGAACCAGAACUUCCUUCCAUGAUGGAUAUCGAUGAAGAUGACAUCGACUGGUCCCCCAAAUCUGCCAAUGACAGGAACAGGACGACAGCAAUGGAGAUGCCUUCGAGUCCGAUCCAGACUCGGUUCGAGCCGCUGUCGGAAGAUGAUUUUGACGAACAACAAUCUACCAAGAAAUCUUCCAUCUUUGACUGGUCGGAACACUCCAAAUUCGGCAGCGACCAGUCAAAUGGAAUCAGCCCUCGACCACAAACCGUGCAUGGCAAGCAAGGGAGCCAUGUUGGCCGGAGUCGGCCUCCAGGACGAAAAAGCAAUGCAGCCAUGCAUCUCCGCAGUCAGAGUGUUCCGGUCGUAAACCGUGACAGUGUCGCAGAAGCUGAUACGCCAUCGUCAGCCACUAAGUUUGGUACGUGGGCAUUGGGCACUAAGCCUGUAAGCGAGGAAUGGAGCGACGAUUUUGAGUUUGACGACGGUGAUGUGGCCGAGGACGCCCAGGAGGUGGCAGAUGAGAGCAAGGCGAUGAACCGGGAGUCGAUCCGGAGCGUCAAGGUUCCUCAAUCCAUCAUGGAUCGCCAGCAAAGCGUCCAUGUACAAUUUGGCCAAGUUCGGGAUUUCAUGCUGCUAGUUGAGGAGCUUAAGAGGCUGCGCCUCAGGGGUGCCAGCCUUGGACUGCUGGAUAGUCCUUCGAGGCAGCUGUGGGAAGACGCAGGGAGCAUCAUUGACUUGGCGACGGUGAACGAGGAUGAUGAAGCUCUCCCUCGGGCACCUUCACCAGUGUCAUCGGACAUAUUUGGAGACGAGACUCCUCCACCCAAAAGGACCAUUGAGGAGGAAGAGGGACGAAUACCGAACCGAAGAUCCAUCUCUAGCCCAGCCACACCUCCCUACGGUCGGCCGCGGGGAGAAAGCGUGCAGGCCAAGAACUUUCUGCAGGCCAUUCACCAGAACAGAAGGGAAGUGGAAGCCUCGCCCGCCGAAGAAUCUAUUCGUGGCCGUGCUCGGGACCGUGAUAAGCUACCUUUCGACACGCAGGACUUGAGAGAUCUGGUCGUGAGGGCCGGCGUGAUCACAAGGGCAUUGAAAGAGAUUGUGCGGAAAGCAGAAGGGGUAUCGCUAAGCCCCGAGCGGCCUGCGCAGAAGUUCCAGGAGCCAGUAUUCCGGCAGAUAUUUGAACCGCCAAAUUCAUCACCCAGUCCAGAAUCGAGCAAGCCAGGCCUCCCGAAGAGCAGGAGUGCAAACAGCUACCUCGACACUGUAGACACAUCGGCGGAUUGCGAGAUUCCACAGCCACUGAAGUUCACCACGGUUGUGGAAGCUAACUGA